AUGGGCUGUUAUCCGCCAGCCAAGCACGCCGACUAUCCAGCGGCUCCAGCAAAUUCCCCCACAUCCUCUCAGUUUAACCGCUCCGACUUUACGAACCAACCAUACACGGGGAGCUAUGAGCCCGGACUCCCAACUUCUGGGCCCCUUGGCUCAACUCCAGCCUUUGGUGCUCCACGGAUUACACCGAAAGUGCUGAAGCAGUAUCUCGAUCAGUAUGUGGUGGGGCAAGAUCGCGCAAAGAAGGUAUUGAGUGUAGCAGUCUACAAUCAUUACCAGCGAGUACAAGAGCUAGCACGGCGAGAGGAAGAAGCAGAGGAGCUUUUGGCAAAGCGCCAGCGGAAGGAGGCAAUUGAAACUCAUCCUUUGGAAGAUGAGUACCCAGGCCAACCACGAACAGUCGGUCUGCCAUCUACGCCCAAAUCCCGCCAGGCUACACCCUUGGAUCAAGCCGAGCUUACUGAUACAUCCCCGCUGCAAUUGGACAAGUCCAAUAUCUUACUAUUAGGCCCUUCGGGUGUCGGCAAGACGCUGAUGGCUAAAACGCUGGCCCGUGUCCUGUCAGUGCCUUUUAGUAUCUCGGACUGUACACCCUUCACACAGGCUGGUUACAUCGGCGAAGAUGCCGAAACUUGUGUACACCGACUACUCGCCGCUGCGAACUAUGACGUGGAGCAGGCGGAACGUGGAAUUAUCGUACUGGAUGAGGUCGAUAAGAUUGCCGCCGCCAAAAUCAGUCAUGGAAAGGAUGUUGGUGGCGAGGGAGUUCAGCAAGCACUGUUGAAGAUCAUCGAAGGCACUACGGUGCAAGUGCAGGCCAAGCCCGAGAAGAACCCUCGCACAAAUAGUCCUCCCAACUCUUACCCAUCCAACAGUCCACUAGGAAACACUCCAUUCCAGCCACACAGCGGCAACCCCCCUAACAAGGGCGAAGUCUUCAAUGUUCGCACAGACAAUAUUCUUUUCAUCUUCUCCGGCGCCUUCGUUGGUCUACACAAGUUGGUCAUGGACCGAAUUUCCCGUGGCUCGAUGGGAUUCGGGCAGCCCGUCCGUUCACACGACGUAUCUGGUCCCUCGGAUACCUCUUCCACAGAACCUCUUCUAAUCGUUCCUGGGUCUGAAGAAGAAGAGCUAUACAAAAAGCAUCUCCCUUUCUUCACUUCCGCAUCCCCCGCAUCAUGCAGCGAGCCCACCUAUUUCAACGCACUUGAUCUCUUAACUCCAGCAGACCUGCAAAGCUACGGCUUCAUCCCAGAGUUGAUUGGCCGCAUUCCCGUCACCGCCGCCCUAUCGACACUAACUCAGCCCUUGCUUAUGCGUAUCCUCACCGAACCUCGGAAUUCCUUGCAAGUCCAAUACACCACCCUCUUCUCCCUUUCUGGAAUUGAGUUGCGUUUCACCACUCCGGCUUUGCACACCAUCGCAUCGAAUGCCUUCAAAAUGGGCACUGGUGCCCGUGCAUUGCGUACAGAAAUGGAGACGAUUCUCAGCGACGCAAUGUUCGAAGUCCCAGGAUCAAGUGUGAAAUUCGUUCUUGUAACUGAGGCUGUUGCCAAGCGUGAAGAGAAGCCUGUAUAUCUGGCCCGUGGUCAGGGGGGUAAAUUCCAUGCUAUGAUAUCAUCCGAAGAAAGCAACUGGGAAGAGAAGAUGAGACGGGAGAAGAAUGAGAAGAACAGGAAAAAUGGUUCACAGAAUGAUUCUGGCGAGCAUCCGUCAAGCUUCCAGGAAUAUCGCAAGCGCGCAGUAGGGUAG